CACAUGACGUCAUCACAUCAGCAGCUCAGACUUUCAACCUGCAGAGAAACUUCACUUGUUCACAGAAGAAGGAGAAGAGGAAAAUGGCCGACUCCACCAGCAGCUGCUCUGACUCUUCAUCCUCCUCCUCCUCUUCCUCACUCAGAUGUCUCUCACACUCAGUCGUUCAACUCGUUCAAUGGAAGCAGCCGAGGAUGUCGGCAGUAGCGUUCGGUCUUUCCUUCCUGGUCCUCGUCUCCGUGGCGACACUGUCCAUCAUCAGCGUGGUGUCCUACUUGCUGCUCGCCUGCCUGUGUGUCACCAUCACCUUCCGGGUUUAUAAAGCAGUGAUUCAGGCCGUCCAGAAAUCAGAUGAUGGUCAUCCAUUCAGGUCUCUGUUGGAGAGGGACAUCUCCGUGUCCUCGGAGUCCGUCCGGCUCCUGACUGACCAGAGUCUGAUCCACCUGAACUGGUUCAUCAGUCAGAGCAGGAGGCUGCUGCUGGUCCAAGACCUGGUCGACUCCCUGAAGUUGGCUGCUGUCAUGUGGCUGAUGACAUAUAUCGGUUCUGUGUUUAAUGGAGUCACCAUCAUGAUCCUCGACAUCAUGUUUUUCACCACUCCGCUGAUCUACCAGAAGAAAAAGGCGCAGAUUGAUCAGAACGUCGCCCUGCUUCGCUGCCGGUUGGAGGAGACGCUGCAGAAGUUACAGAACAAGUUACCAGGAGCUGUGAAAAGAACCAAAGCUGAGUGAUCAGCUGACACCUGGUGGCUCCGCCCAUUCCUCUCAUUGGUCCGUUUGUCAGGACUCACUGAAUUCACCUGCUGAGUCUUCGAAUAAACUACAGACGGGAAAAAAAGUUUGUUUUUCUGCGCAUUAAAUUUAAUCUGACUGAAAAUAUGAAUCUAAUUAAGAAGAAAAUAAGGAACUGAGAGUAUUUCUGUCAAAAUGUUGUUUCCAUCGUCAAUAAUGAAGUUUUCAAACAAUAUCUGAUCUGAUUAUUGAACAGCUCCACCUAAUGGACAGUUUAUAUAAUGACAUUUACUCAGAGAAGAGAAAGAGGUAGAGAGGAAGAGAAGGAGAUGAGGAUGUAGAGGACAAGAGGAAGAGAAGGAGA